AUGCCUCCUCCGCCGCAUCAAAAGCCGGAAAAUGUGCUGAAGCGCGCCAACGAGCUGAUCGGCGUCAAUCAGGCGCCGGCGGCCUUGACCUUGCUGCAUGAGCACAUCACAUCCAAACGAUCCCGCAAUGUCCCGAUCGCGUCGUUGGAGCCUGUCAUGCUCCUCUUGGUUGAGCUGUCAGUUGAGCAGAAGAAGGGAAAGCUGGCCAAGGACGCUCUGUACCAGUACAAGAACAUCGCGCAGAAUACCAAUGUUGCGACUAUUGAGCUGGUCUUGAAAAAAUUCAUCGAGUUGGCUGCUGGGAAGGUCACAACUGCCCAGCAGAAGGCGGACGAAGUACAGUCAAGUAUCGAAGCGACCGCGACCACCAGCGUCGAUGACCUCGAAGCAAGCGAGACCCCGGAAUCCAUCCUUCUCGCCACUGUGUCUGGCGAGCAGUCUCGGGAUCGCACCGACCGGGCCAUCGUCACUCCCUGGUUGAAGUUCCUCUGGGAGGCGUACCGCACCGUCCUGGAUAUCCUACGAAACAAUGCUCGGCUCGAGAUUCUCUACCAGAGCACUGCUAUGCAGGCCUUUGACUUCUGCCUCAAGUACACUCGCAAGACCGAGUUCCGCAGGCUCUGCGAGCUUCUCCGCAACCAUGUGCAGACCGCGGCCAAGUAUUCGGCUCAGAUGCACGCCAUUAACCUCAAUGACCCGGAUACCUUGCAGCGCCACCUGGAAACCCGUUUCCAGCAGCUCAAUGUUGCCGUCGAGUUGGAGCUCUGGCAGGAAGCCUUCCGCAGUGUGGAGGAUAUCCACACCCUGCUGAACCUCAGCAAGCGCCCUGCAAAGAACAUCAUGAUGGCCAACUACUAUGAGAAGCUCACCCGCAUCUUCCUUGUCGGCGAGAACUACCUCUUCCACGCCGCUGCUUGGGCCAGGUAUUACAACCUGCUUCGACAGUCCGCUGCCCUGGUGGCGGCCGGACAGAGCAAGAAGUCUGACAACCCCCCAAUCACCGAGGCAGACCUUCAAAAGGCCGCCUCUUUUGUCCUUCUGUCGACUCUCUCCAUCCCGGUCAUCAGCACUAGCCGAUCCCGGGGUGCCAUGAUCGACUUUGAUGAGGCUCGGAAGAAUAAGAACUCCCGCCUCACCCACCUGUUGGGCAUGUCGCAGGCGCCGACUCGUGCUACCCUUUUCCGAGAUGCUCUCUCCAAAUCUCUUCUCCGACGGGCCCAUCCUGAGAUUCGCGACCUCUACAACAUCCUCGAGGUUGACUUCCACCCUCUCUCGAUUUGUCAGAAGAUUUCGCCCAUCUUGUCCCAGAUCGGUGCAGAUGAGGAGAUGCAAAAGUACAUCCUGCCUUUGCAACAGGUUAUCCUGACACGCCUGUUCCAGCAGCUCUCCCAAGUAUAUGAGACUGUUGACUUGGAAUUCGUCGAGAGCCUUGCGAAGUUCCCCGAACCUUUCCAGGUCACCCGUGGCACGAUCGAGAAGUUCAUCAUGAACGGCAACAAGAAGGGCGAUCUUUCCAUUCGUAUGGACCACGCCACAGGCGUGCUGAGUUUCGAUGCCGACGUCUUCUCUUCGGCCAAGGCCGUUCACACCGGAUCCGCCGCGGGUUCUGCCGAGAGCGAGGCUGGAUCAGUCCAGCGCUUGCAGAGCACUCCGUCCGAGAUCGUGCGCUCGCAGCUUACUCGUCUGGCAAAGUCGCUCUACACUACGUGCUACUACAUCGACCCAUCCUUCAACGAGAUUCGAAUCAAGGCCCGUGACGCUGCCCUCGUCCGUGCCAAGGCCGGGUCAGAAAAGGAGCACCACGACAUCCUUGCACGCAAGGAAGUCAUCCAGAAGCGCAAGGAGAAGGCAUCGGAACUGCAGGCACAGAGGGAGAAGGAAAACGCUAAGCGCAAGAUCCUCCAGGAACAGGCCCUCCAGCAGGCCGAGGCCAACCGGGUGCUUGAAGAACAGAGGAUUCGCGAACAGAAGCGCCUUGCCAACGAGCGGGAGCAGAUCCGAAAGGCCGAGAUCGAGACCAUGAUCAAGGAAUUGAAGCUCAGCCCCAACGCCAUCGAUCUCUCCGGCCAGGACCUCAGCAACCUGGACAGCAACCAGAUCCGCCUGAUCAAAUUGCAGCAGCUCGAGAGGGAGAAGAACAGCAUUGCCGAGAAACUCCGCAUCACUGGCAAGCGAAUCGACCAUCUCGAACGGGCCUUCCGAAAAGAAGAGGCCAAGAAGUUACCCGAAGAUUAUGCCCAGCAGCGCAAGCUUGAUCUUACUGCCUAUCAGCUGAUCACGGAGCAGACUCUCAAGGAGUCUAAGCAGAAGCACAAGGAGAGCGUCGAGCUCAAGCACCGCCUGAGCCGUCUGACACCGUUCUACGACUCCUUCCGCUCCAAUCUCCAUGAGCGGCGACGUGACGAAUUUGAGAAGCGCCGCCGAGACGCCGAGAGAGAGUUGGAGAAGCAGGUCGCUGCCCGCCGGAAGGAGUUCCGGGAGAAGAAGUUGCGAGAGAAGAGAGAGCGGGAAGAGCAGGAGCGCGCGCUCAGGGAGGCUGAGGAACGCGCCGAGAGAGAGAAGGAAGAGCAGAGGCUGCGGGAAGAGGCCAGGAAAGAGGAGAUGGCCAAGCUUCGGGAGGAGAAGGAGAAGGAGCGCGAGAAAAACAGGGAGAUUAUCGCCCGGCAACAGCAGCGCGAGGAAGAGGCCAUGGCAAGACGCAAGGCCGAGAAGGCUGCUGCCGCUGCCGCUCCUCCGUCGAGAGCCGAGAUUCCACUCGAGCGUACCGAAGCGUCUGGUCCGCCCCGUCUGCAGCUUGCCGGCGGCAGGCCAAGCUGGCGGGACCGGAAUGCCUCCGGUGCAGGCCCGGCUGACGCAGCACCUGCAGCACCUCCCGUUCGGACUGCUUCGCCCAUGGAACGGACCGACUCGAACGAUCGGCCGUCCGGCCCGCCUCGCCUCAACCUGGCCGGUGGCAACAAGCCUACCUGGCGAGAGCGCCAAAUGGCGAAGGGCGCUUCUGGUGAGGAGGCCGCUCCGGAGCGGAACGGACCUCCUCUUCGAUCGUUUUCGGGCCGGGGUGUCCCUAUGGACCGGGCUGCUGGUUCGGGCAGGGGAGAAAACGGCAGGGAUGCCUCUCCUGCGCCCCCUGCGGAGCCGCUGAAGCCAUCCGGCGCGCCUGGCAAGUACGUGCCUAAGUUCAGACGUGGCGGGGAUGCUGGUGGCAGCUAG